AUGGCUGCGGACAUACCCAACAAUAGGGGAACUGUUGAGAGACCGAUGACGAACAAGGGUACAAAACCUCUCCGGAAGGAAAUCAACAAACCCUCGGCAAAUAAGACAUGGUCAGAUCUAGCCGCAAGAUGGGAGAGUGCCGGUGCGGUAGACACAGGAAUCUACACUUUGCCCUCACUUAUGCCGGUAAUUAAAUCUCUCAUCGUCAACCAACUGAAGAAUGGAGACAUAGAGGAGGCUCGCAACGGAAUCAACGACUUCAUAGAUGGGAAGGAGAAGGACCAUAAAAUCGACGAUUGCGUCCGCUGGAACUUGCUACUUCAAUGUGUUGAGAUCUCUCCAGACGAGCCCGACGACAUACAGCCUCAGGUGGUAAUCAGUGAAAUGAUUAUAGAAAAGUGGCCGCACCUUGCCUUCCAAAAUCAGUAUAACGACUCGGUUUUUGGGAAAUCCUUCGAAGACAAAUGCGUCUUUUGGAAAAUGCAUUCUGCUACUCCCAAGAAAGACAAGAGAAUUCCAUUUUAUGUAGCUGUUGAAUGCGGCAAUGCUAAGGUUGUUGGGACUAUAAUUGACUCCGGGCUGCGCCUUCAACCCACCUUGCUACUAACUGUAGCUCGAGGGCACGAUCCAGCCUCCAAGCCCCGUGCGACAGCAUUGGAGCUUGCUACUAGGGCCGAAUCCGGGCGCAUCGAGACUAUAAAAGAACUUCUAAGGGUCGACGGCAUCAUACAAUCUACGGGCGAAGACAAAUCAUUCAACAGCGCUCUAGAAGAAGGAAUGCCUGAGGUUGUAGAGAUAUUUCUUCAGAACAACCAACUGGCCGCCACCUUCGUCACGGGCCGGUCCAUCAUUCAAGCCAUGAAAAAAAUCGACGAAGCCAAAGGUUCUUCACAAAAGAAAGAUGUGGAAUCAGAUCCUAAAGUUGUCAACGCUUCUCGCAUCGUUGAAAUUCUAGUCACGAAGGCUAAAGGCGGGGUAUUUGAUGUUGAGGUCUUAGAAAACAUCAUAAAGCGAGGCUUGAUGAAAAUAUGGCGAGCUGCGCCUAAUAAGACCCUAUCCCACGAACUGAAAACUGUUCUGCUUCAUCUGGCUGUGUUUCACCAGAAGUAUGAAUUUGUCGAGGAGUUUCUUAAGGAGUACCCGUUUUCAGCAACUGUAAAGCGCCCCCUAAAACUUGAAGGUUUGUUCAUGAAAAAGGAGGAGGCUGAGUACCCGCUAUGGUAUAACAACCAUGAAUGGCUGUACGAUAGAGCCGUGUUCUCCCCGCUGAAAAGAGACUCUACUUAUACAGAAAGUACGCGAUACAAAAUCCGGAACAGUAUUGUCAACAAGCUCAUAUAUACGAUAAACGAUAUGGAAAAACUGUCAGAUAUCUUCCAUGAGUCUAAUGAACCCUUUGGUGAUCUCUGUUUUGAUAUAUCGCGUAUAAAUCCAAGCCCUUAUACGAUAUCGAAUUUUGUAGAUUCUUUGAUCUCACACAGUGGGACACGAGAACUACUAGCGUACGAGCAGACACUACGAUAUGCUGAAUUUCCGCCCCUCGACAUGAUGGUGGGAGAUAGGGAAACAUUCAAGGAAAACACAUACCUUGAACACGACCACACCGAGGUGUUCAAGAUUCUCAAGUGGCUUGGUGACAAGAAGGUAAACAAGAUUAUUAAACUAGUGGUUCCUGACCGAUUAAUCAAUCCUCAUAACGACCUCCUGAUGGCGGCGGAAGUGCUUAAGUUCAAAGUUGAGGUUCUCGAUUGGAGGGUUCUCGAUUUAUCCAUCUCUAUUUUCGGUGAACCCGCGAAAGAAAAGAUCAAGGAACUGUAUCUGUAUUCGAGCGGUAAAAGGGCAACGAUAAACCAUUGGUUCGGUUCUGAAGGGAUUCGCACACUGAAGCGCCUCGACCAUCUCGAGAUUAAAAUCAUCAAGGAAACAUGUACUGUAGGAUACUAUCAGAAACUAGUCGAGGAUGUUCAAGGGGAAGUGGACAAACUACGCGAAAAUGUCUUCCCCAACCUUACAGCCCCACGGGUGAGCGUUGUGCCUUGGUACCCUACACCCAAGCUAGCAGAUCUGAAUGAGAUAGCUCAUCGAAUAGCCCCAAAGCUCGCUCGAUGGCUGCAGAAUUUGGAAGUCUUCGUGAAGCGCGCACGCCGCGAUAACAGCCACUACAGGCCUACUAAAGUCGCUAUUCUCGACAACGGAAUAUUAAGCAUCCCACCCGUCUCAUCUGACUCCGCCAAAGAUGGGGCCUCCGGUGAAGGGAAAGGGGAUGGUUCGGAGGACAGGAGGAGUCUCUGGCCACGGAUUCGAGAUGGCCGGUCCUUCGUCGACGAGAACUCGAGGCUUAGUCCGUGGCUAUUCGCGUCGGAUCCCCACGGGACGCAAAUGGCAAACUUGAUCUGUGCCAUUGACCCCUGCUGCGAGAUUUACGUAGCAAGAGUUGGCGAGGACUUCUUUGGGAUUACGCCAGCUAGAGUGGCAAAGGCUAUCAAUUGGGCAAUAGAUAGGGGCGUGGAUAUCAUAUCCAUGAGCUUCGUCGUAGGAGAACCCUAUGAGCCCCUGCGCAAGGCCUUAGAGAAGGCGACGGCACACGGCAUUGUCAUGACCUGCAGCACGCACGACGAAGGGUCUCGAAUCACCAAUGCCUUUCCCGCCAAAUACAAAGGAGAAUCAUUAUCGCUUAUAGUCCUAGCAGCUUGUGACGAGUUCGGAGAACUUCUCCGCCCCGUGGACCAGCAAGAGUAUCACUACAAGAUCCGAGGUAACGAUGUGGCGGCAGGCGUCAUCCCCUUCUUGAAAUGGGAGGAUACGAUAUCCGGCAGUUCCGUAGCCACGGCUCUCGCAGCGGGCUUGUGCUCGUUGAUAUUGACUUGCGACCGGCAGGCAAACCCGGACAAAAAAUACGUGAUCGAGGAAAAGAGUAUUAGUAGCCCCAACACCCGUUACGCUGUGGUUAAGAAGCAUCUAAAGGAUAUGCUGUCGGAGACAGAUGAUCAAUUCAUACUUCUGGAGAAGUUUGGAGGCAUCGAUACACCGCGGAUUGGAGAUACUGUUCUUGACAACCCCGAAAUGGCCAUGAGUGGAGGACGCAGCGCUAAAAGCGUUGUGGAGACAUUUAAGAGACAUUGA